GACCCUUCACUUCUUUUAGAGAUAGAGAGAGAGAAAUUGUGAGAAUUGAGAAUUCCCUUUAUUUCUCAAAUCGAAGAGAGAGAGAGAGAGAGAGAAAAUAUUAGAUCUUUUUUUCUUUUUGGCUCGCUCUUUCAGAGCUGAGCUCACACACAACACAAAUUUUCUCUUUUUUCUUUGGGAAUUCACCCCAAAAUUCUGUUUGUUUCUUGGGAAAAUAAAAAAGAAAGAAAGUUCCCGACUCUCCGGGAACGGAGUUGAAAAGCUUCAGUUUUCGCUCCGUUUCCGAGAGAGAUAAAGACUCUCUCUCCAUCCAGCUCUCCAAUUCUUGGUAGACGGUGCGUUUUGUAAUUUAAUUGUGGAGCUGGGUUUAUGUCCGUGAGCUUGCUGUGGAUUUGUCUUAAUCCUCUGAAGAUUAGGGUUGAGACUCUAGUGGUCUGAAAUGUCAGGCCUAGAAGGUUCGGGGGCUCAUGAUGAUAUUCGAGAAAGAAAAUCAGAUUUUGAAAAUUCUGAGGAUGAGAGACGAAGAUCAAAAAUUGGAAACCUCAAGAAGAAGGCAAUUAGUGCUUCAAAUAAGUUCACUCAUUCUCUUAAAAAAAGAGGGAAAAAGAAAAUUGAUCAUCGGGUUCCACCAGUUUCAAUAGAAGACGUACGGGAUGCAAAGGAGGAGAGUGCUGUAUGUGAAUUGCGUCAAAAACUACUUGACAGGGAUCUUUUGCCACCUAGGCAUGAUGAUUAUCAUACUUUGUUGAGAUUUUUGAAAGCUAGAGACUUUAACAUUGAAAAAACAAUCCUGAUGUGGGAAGAAAUGCUUAUUUGGAGAAAGGAGUAUGGAACGGACACCAUUUUGGAGGAUUUUGAAUUUGAGGAGCUGGAAGAAGUCUUGCAGUAUUACCCCCAAGGCUACCAUGGAGUUGAUAGAGAAGGCAGGCCAGUUUACAUUGAGAGGCUUGGGAAAGCUCAUCCGAGUAGGCUUAUGCGUAUCACUACAAUUGAUCGAUACUUGAAGUACCAUGUCCAAGAGUUUGAAAGAGCACUACAGGAGAAAUUUCCUGCUUGUUCCAUUGCAGCAAAGAGACGUAUCUGUACUACAACAACGAUAUUGGAUGUGCAAGGCUUGGGCAUUAAGAAUUUCACCAGGACUGCUGCAAGUCUCUUGGCUGCGAUGUCAAAAAUAGACAACAGUUAUUACCCUGAGACAUUACAUCGAAUGUACAUUGUCAAUGCUGGUCCUGGCUUCAAAAAGAUGCUUUGGCCUGCUGCACAGAAGUUUCUUGACGCAAAGACUAUUGGAAAGAUACAGGUUUUGGAUCCCAAAUCAUUGUCUAAACUACUGGAAGUCAUAGAUUCGAGUCAGUUGCCAGAUUUCUUGGGUGGUGAAUGUACAUGUUCCAUUGAAGGAGGGUGCCUCAGAUCUAAUAAAGGUCCGUGGAAUAAUCCUGACAUAAUGAAGCUUGUACAUAGCGUGGAUGCAACAUUUGUGCGGCAAAUUACCAGAGUUUCUAUUGACCAGCAGAAAUCUGACACUUAUGAUAAAUUACGGCCCAUGAAGGGAAGAUGUAGCAACACAUCAACAGCAGAAUCAGGGUCUGAUAUUGACGAUCCUUGUUCCCCAGUUAGACGAAAGAGCUCUGCAUUUCCUCAUUUGGCCCCAGUUCAUGAGGAAGUAAAGGCAUUAGAUACAAAUGCCUACUACAGUUGUGAUGACAAGUUUUCUUUGGUUGAGCAAGUCGUGAGAAGUGAUCAAGAAGAGGGAUAUUUUGGGGAUCAAUCACAUAACAUUGAUGAAAUGGAUAAUACUCCUCCUGUGGGAACAUCAAAUUUGGAAGGUACUCCAGUUGGUGGUUGGUUCAACACUGUUAAGGAAAAAGUUGAGAAUAGUGAUUUUCAAUGUGUUGCAAGAGCACUGAUAUCUUUCUUCUUCAGAAUAGUUGCAUUUUUACGUGUUCUACGAUUUGAAUUUUGGAGAAGGCAGAAUAAUGUUCACCCAUCUAAUUUGACAGAACACAGCAUGAAUAGUCAUCCACCAGCUGUUGAAGCUGCAAAUGAAGAAGACCGUGUCCUUCCAUGCCUAGAACGUCUUCAGAGACUAGAAAAAGCAUUUGAGGAACUUAGUUGCAAACCUGCUGGAAUUCCUUUGGAAAAGGAGCAAAUUCUUGUAGAAUCUUUGGACAGGAUCAAGUCUGUUGAGGCUGACCUUGAACAAACAAAACGAGUACUACAUUCUACAGUGGUGAAGCAACUAGAGAUUGCUGAUUUGCUAGAGAAAUUAAAAGAGUCUGACUGUCAUCAAAGAAGAUUCUUCUGUUGAAUACUUGACGAUAGGAGGGGUAGAAUGGGAGCUACUGGGAAGAGAGAGGAGGAUGAUGCAACGAGCAUGCCAUUCCAGGGGCAUUUCUUGGCUGUGGGACAUACUGGGAAGGCAAUUCUUGUUUUUCUCCCCUUUUCUUUCCUAUAUUGAGUACUGUAGACAAAAAUUUACGGUUGAGCUGCAUGGGUUUGCCUCCCCCCUCUCAGCUUUUGCAAAAUUGUAGAGAAAAAAAAAAAAAAAAGUUAAUGAAAUGGUUUACCAUACGGCAUAUUUUUGUAACCAUUCUUUCCACUCCACUGAAUAUACGAAAUGCUCAACUGGACUUCAUAUGAACCUCCUUUGAAGCCAUCCAAAAGGAGCUUCUUAAAAAUAACAAGGUUAUAUUCUUCAAUCUUCCAUUGAUAAAUAGAUACAGUUCCUUAUUUGCCCUGA